CAGCAUUACUUAUUUUUUCCAGUCCUGUUCAGAGUCUAUUUUAUUUUUUUAAAGAAUGACAAUGCUAAACCCUGGUUUCUUUGCAGGAAAUUCUUCUAAAAAUAUAUCUGCAUUUAAGGGGACGGGUGCUCAGAAUGUAUUAAGCUGCCUUGCAAUGGGCCAAAGUCAUCUUUCAAAACAUUAACACAAUGGAGGAGAGGCUCCUUUGAAAUCGAAGAAGGCCAGGUGGUUACCUGAUCCAGGAACCAUGGUGGCCGGAGCAGGGGCGCCAGCUGGCUGGCGGGGGACCCAGCCACGCCGAGGGGGCUUUCCUGCCGCUCCAAAAGGUUUCCAUGGAAUUCUCAGCAUCACCCUUCCAAGGCCGGGAUCCCAGGAUCGGGGGCUCGGAAGCAUCAGGUGAUGCUUUCCCAGAGCACGCUCUGCUGGGGCUCGUCGGGUCUGGCUUCUGCUCACACCUGCCAACAAAGGCGAUUCUGUUCUCCGGCUCCGGUUCCCGGCUCGGGCUCCGGCCGGUCACAAGACUCCGAGUAUCAUGCAGCGUUCUGGAAUUUCUGCACAAACUUGUCACACAAGGUAUUCCUCCAGCUAUGAGGAAGCGGCGUCCGAGAGGAUGUUCCAGAUCAAGACCUACAGCACCGAGCUGAAAAAGCAUGUGAUGGUCAUGGAUUUUGUGAAGAGCAACUGGUUCCCAUCCCAGAAGAGGGCCAAGGUAUGCAUCAUUCACCUGUGCCAGGGGGUGAAGGCCACCGACAAGAUGACCGGCAAAUAUGAGAUCCACAGUCGACUCUUCUCACCCCCCAAAGACCAUUCAGCAUGGGAAAGAAAUGCACAAGUCACAUACACAGGACUUCAGGCAAGCCCGUACGAUGAGAGCAAUCGGCUUUCCCUCAGAGGCCUUCAAUCCGAGGUUGCAGAGAAGAAACCUGACUAUGCUAAGGAGACCAGGAUGAUUUCGUCCCUCCUCAUCUCCCAGCUGAUGGACGAGCGGAGACUGCAGAAGGCGGCCCCGGCCUUGCCGGGCCAGGGCCUGAUGCUUCAGCCUGCAGUUGGUGCCCCGGGCCAGCCUCUGGCUCCCGGGGACCAGGCCUUCUCCUUGCUUCCCGGCAGAAUGGGGAUCAGGACUUCCUCCGGGGAGGCCGGCUUGGGAGCCAGGCUCUUUGUCCAGGAGGGGAGCCGGGAUCUCCCCCCAAGAAGAGGGUUUUCCUCCAUCACCAUCACAGCCAGACAAGUCGUCCCCGGGGCCGCCCCACUGCGGUGGGGCUCCGCUGUCGACCCCCCCUGCUCCAAGUGCGGGGCCAAGGACCGACGCGUGGACAAAGCGGCUCCGGCCAAGGGGCGGGAUCCCCCACCCAAGCUCCCAAAUGCGCCCGAGGGCUCCGCCAACAGCCCGGCGGCCCCGUUCCGGGCCCCAGAACCUCGCGGGCCGUCGGGGCAAGGCAGUCCGUGCUGGGUUUUGAACCCUGAAAAUAAAGAGAACGCCAUGAUCCCCCCGGCCCUUCCGAGCCACGGGGAGAAGGUCCCCCUUGUGUUCAGCUCCUGCGUUCACCUGCGGGUGUCUCAGCCCGGGGCAAACACCGUCCGUUACUUAGACAGGUCUCUUUCCGUGCCCCUCGGGCCGCCUCCCGUCCCCGGCUCCAGAGUGCACAGAUCUGUCCUGUCCCUCAGCCUCGGCUGCAGUUCUCACCGACUGACAGCAGAUGGAGCAGAUCGCAUGGCUAAUGCCGGCCAGGAGGCCGAGGCAGCCGGUCCUCUGAGCCCCAGGCCCGCCAAGCCAGGGCAGGCCAGGGCCCCGGCAGCCUGGGAGCCCAACUGCAAAGGCUCCCGCCUCCGGGAGAGCCCGCCCGGGCCCAGAGUCCCUGCGGGGAGCCACCCGUGCCCUUGGGGCGGCACGCCCACCCCGGGAAACCCAGCGCUGCUACCGGACUCUGGCAAGGGAACCGAUCCCUCAGCCGUGGGGAAGGGGCGAGGAGACGGCACCGCCUUGUACCACACGGUCAGCCACCCCAACAAGCUGGCCAUCCACAUCCCGGGCUGGAGCUACACCGCAGGAGAUUAUCAAUGCUGUGACCUGGUGGUGAAGCUCAAGGAUUGUCGGAGCCCCAGCAAAGAGAGGGGGAUGGCCCCAGCAUCUCCCCCGGCCCCCCCAGAGCCCAUGCACCCGGAGAAGCCGGACCCGCCCCCAGAGCAGGACACGCGCCUGGACCCCGAGAUCACAGUCUUGCCGGCCCACUCCCUGACGCUGAGGGAAGCUCUUGAGGUCCACAAACCUCAGUUUAUCUCUCGUUCGCAAGAACGGCUGAGAAAGCUGGAGAGUAUGGCCCAGCAGAGGAAAGCCCAGCGAGGAGAGAGCCCCCGGAAGAAGCCCAGCCCACUGCCCCUCCGGACAGCCAAGAAGAAGCAAUACACCAUCCCCCAUCCUCUCAGCGAUAACUUGUUCAAGCCGAAGGAGAGGUGCAUAUCAGAGAAGGAGAUGCAUAUGCGAUCAAAAAGAAUCUAUAACAACUUGCCUGAAGUGAAAAAGAAGAAGGAAGAACAAAAGAAAAGGGUAAUUUUACAGAGUAAUCGACUACGUGCUGAAGUCUUUAAAAAGCAACUACUGGAUCAGAUCCUCCAGAGGAGCACAGACUGACUGGCAAACCCCACAGCUGCGACUCCGGGGAUCUGGGAGGACCUCCAAUAUUGCAUAGCCAAUGAAAGUUAGCCUUAUCUUCAAACCCCCAACCCCUGAUUUAACCUAGGGAUUUUUCAUCGUGGAAGAAACCUCCCCUGAUUUACAAAGUGAGCAACAGCACCAGCCCCAGAGGAACGACAACCGACACAGCGAAAUAUCCGUUGUGCCCUGUGGGGGGGAAGUCUCUUCUCCCCUUGGAAUGUCACUGUUUGCUCCUGCCUUGCCCCCAUUCUGACCCGGGAAGUGUUGAUGAACUUUCUGGUGCAUAAAAAAAUUACAGGGGGCCUUGUUUUAGUGUCUGAAUUAUUUUCUUUAACUUUUUAAGAACUGAGGCUGUCCUUUCAUAGAAGCAGUGAUCUUCCCCUCCUCCUCCCCAAUCUCAGCUCCUCCACCCCAAAUCUGCUCCUUCCCAGCCAUGCUUAGGAACUCUCCAGAGCAGCCUGAGUACCACACAAAAGCAGCAGUAGUGGAGAUUUUCAGGCAGAGAAGUCUGAACUGGACUCUGGAAGCACUAGGGAGCCACAGAAGACUUUUGAGCAUGAGUGUCAUCAGUACUAUGCAUUCAACUAUGCAGUGGUCUGAAGAUAGAAUUGAAGGAUAAAAUUGAGGCUGGAAAACCCAUGAGGUGCUUAUUGCAAUAGUCCAAGGAGACAAGGAUGAGAAGUUAUCCUGGGGCAAUGGUGUUGAUGAGGUCCUCAGGGAGAAACCUAAUCUAGUUGGGUCAGCAGAGCUGAGCUAGGAGAGGUAACAUGUCAUUGGCAAUGGGACUCCCUAUAUCUUAUCAUUUCCCUUUGUCAUUAUGAGACACCUUAGUCGGAGCAAGUACCAAUUUUGACAGAUGAUCUGUGAACAGAAAUAGACUAUGUACAGCUGGGGGCAAAUCUAGGGUUUUUGACCCCAAAAAAACCUUUGUUUUCAAAAGGGUAAUAUUGCCCUUUCAGACUUUUACAGUUUCUUUUAUUUAUACGGUAUAUUUUGGAAUUUAUAAGGGAACCUAGUUUUUACAACAAAAUGGAAAUAAAUAUUAUUUGAAGCCUCAA